AUGUUCACUGAAUUGCAGCUCGCAAACUCGCGCACACGUUCGAGGCUACACUCGAACCUCAGACGAGAACUCAUCAACCACCAACGCAAACACCCCAGGCUUUGGAGUGGAAUCUUAAUACCGAUCUUCCACUUUCUUGAUGACCUGCCAUCAGAAAUCCCGCGCAGCACCCGUCUAAAAUGGUUGCAGAAACUUUGUCCCUACGCCGAGUUGCAAACCGAGUACUUUUUGGAACCACACACGCAGCCAGAUGACAUGGGUGUGACUUUUCCAGUCUUGGACUCGAAUGCUCACCGAACAAAGACGAGUGCUCGCUAUGCUGCUGCGUUAUGCGAGCGUAUGUCUAAACCAACGUGGAAGCAGUUUUGCGAGUCGAGUGUUGCGCCGCUAUUCAUGCAACACAUCGAUACUGUGACCUUUGCUGCGAGGAUGAAGACGCCAUCAUACUUUUAUGUGGUUGUAAAUUUUGAUGCAGAGGCUUCCAUUCAUCUGGAGGGCAGUUUCUUCGGCUUCGAAGAUGCAUACGAACGUCUGGAUGUCGAGUACAUCAAGCAGGAAGUGGAGAGAGUGGCGAGAAAUUGGGCGGCAAGAUACAAGGAUACUGCCAUGACCUUCGAUGUUGUAGAGAUGAUGGCAGGGGAGUUAAGGAAGAUGUACCAAGAGAUGGUUUGGUAA